AUGGCCCCGUCUGGCCCCUUUACGGCCCCGUUUAGGCCCCUCUGCAGCCCGGUUGCCACAUGCGGCCCCGUCGCCACCUGCGGCCCCGCCGCCACUUGUGGCCCCGCCGCCACCUGCGGCCCCGCCACUGAAGUCAUGGCUACCCCUAGUGUCUUCACUUUUGAUGCUGAGGGCCAUGCCGUUGACUUUGAGGUCUGGGUCGAUGACCUCCAGCUCUUUCUUCAGUGCGAGAGGGCGGACGGCCUCUCCCUGUUUGACCUCACUUCUGGUGCCUCCCCUGCUCCUGCUGCUGAUGCUAACGCCACUGUUCGCUCACAGUGGGCCAUGCGCGAUGCUGCUGCUCGCCUUGCUGUGCACCCCCACUUACCGACCACUACGCGUGCAUACUUUAGCCAGUACAAGAGUGCUCAGACCUUGUACGACGCUGUAGUCGCACGCUACUCUUCCCCUACCACUGCUGCACUGAGCCGCCUCAUGCUACCGUACCUCUUCUCUGACCUUGCUGCCUUUCCCACAGUCGCUGAACUCAUUACGCACCUCCGCACUAGUGAAACUCGCUACCGCGCUGCACUUCCUGCUCAAUUCUUCGCCAAGAACCCCCCCCCAAUGUACAUCACCCUCUACUACAUACUCACCCGGCUCCCUGACUCUCUUCGCGUAGUCAGGGACCACUUUUUCUCAGUCUACCCCACCACUCUCACUGUUGACCUCCUCGAGAAGGCACUCCUAGCGAUAGAGAAGAGCAUAGUCGGUGUAGGAACCUCUCGUGGUGACCCUCGCACCCCCGUCUUUGAGGGGUGUUCUCUCUCCCCACUCUUGCCCUCUGUUGCCUCUGCUGCUGCGGCCGACAUUGUUGGUUUUGAGUCGGUCGGCGCUGCGUCUGCCCCGAGCGGGAGACGCCGCACCGGCAGGGGCAAAGGGGGCAAGGGCGCUGGAGGGGCUUUAGGGGGCGGUGGAGGUGGUGUUGGAGGCAGUGGAGGGAGUGGGGGUGGUGGUGGGAGUGGUGCCAGGGGUGGCGGCGGCGGCGGCAGGAGUGGUGGAGGCGGAGGCGGUGGAGGUGGCGGAGGGAGCGGAGGUGGAGGAGGCGGCAGAGGCGGCGGCAGCGGUGGUUGA